CGCGCUGGAGUUUGAAUGCGGAGACCCCUCAGUCUGCCGGGAGCGCGCGUAGCCUCCGUGCGCGUGACCGGAGACCGCUGCGCCGCGAGCACUGCGGUGGAUCACUGCAGCCCUGAUGGCGGCGGCCGCGGGGAUCCUGCUAAAGUGCCCUUGCCCUUCCCAGAGCUGGACUCAAUGGAAGGCAGCACAUCUGUAAGGACAACUAGGAGAAGUAAAUUGAAUUUCCCUGCAAAAGUUGUUACUGAGCCUUCUCUUGAGAAAAUGAAGGAGUCUGAAACAAAAAUGGAUGCGGAAGAGCCUCCGCAAGUGCAAACGUCUCCAAAUAGGAGAAAGGCUGUAAAUUUGGCAGACUCAGUUGCUGAACUGCAGGCUGAUGGCGAUAUUUCUGAAGCAGAAUCAAAUUGCUCCUCUAUGUCUGGUCUUCAGACACCUUUGUUUAUAAGAAUAACAAGAAGGCGGAAAAUUGUAGUUCCUUGUCCACCAGAGACGCCCACUAAAAACAGGCAAAGCAAGAAAGCUCUUAUUAGUGAAGGAAGCAGAUGUCAAGAAGAUGAUGACGUAUCUGAAGCAGAAUCAUGUUCCUCCACUGUUUCAGGAGUGCGGACUCCAAAUGUUGUAAGAAUGACUAGAAUUCAGCAAGUCAAGACUACUGUUUCACCAGUGUGCGAGGCCCAAGCUGAAGAAGUUUCUGAUACAGAAUCAUGGUGCUCCGGUAUUUCUACAGAGCAAUCUGUCCAGUCUAAACGAAUAACCAGGAGCAUGCGGCUGAGAUUGCCCAAAGAAGCAAUGCCUCAGCCUGAAAGAAAAAGUGAAGCUGUGGUGGAAGAAGCAAAACUGACUGACUGUGUAACAAAAUCUGAGACUAUUGUAAUCUCUGAUUCAGAGCAACCUACAAAUUCUGAUUUAGAUGUAGACCAAGCCUCAUCUCUCUCAUCUCCUUUGAUAAAUGAGCAACCUAGCCCCUGUAAAACAAAGUGCCAUUCUGAAUCUGUUCUCCACAAUGAUCCAAAACAGAUUGUGUCAAGCGGCUCCCCACAAAAGACAAGAGAAUGCUCCAAAAAAUCACCUAAAAAAAAUGAGAGGAACUGUGAAUCUGUGGGCAGUGUGGAGGUAAAGAUAAGACAGGAGAAAGAUAUCAAGGAAUUGGUCACGAAACAAAUAUUAGCUGAUGUAUGUGAAAUUGAGGAAAGCACAGAGGAAGUGUGUGAUCUAACUUUAGAAAAACCCAUAAAGGUAACUAAAAACCAGUCGCCUAUAAAAAAUAAUUCAGACAUUUCUCCAUAUGAUGACAUAAAACUUGAUCAAUCUAGUAUGCCCCUGAAACAGACAACUGCUAAAAAAAACAAAAGCAAUGUGGAACCCCCAAAAAUGGAUACUGGAAAGGUUACACGGUAUCAUGUAGAAGAGGCAAUAAAGGUAGGCAAGCCAUCAAAAAUAGGUAGCCCACAAAAGAAUAUUAUUCAGUCACGAAAUAUAGAAAGCAACAGUGAUGACUGCAGGAUUUCUGUUGCAAGUUCAGACAGUGAAGGAAGGCAAGAUGAACCAGUUGCUGAAUCAUCUUCACAUACAACCGAAACAGGGCAUGAAACACAUUUGACUGUGUCACUUCUUACAAGUGAUGAGAGUGAAGAAUCUGAAAACAGUGAUUUAGAAGAAAUUAAUGAAGUAGAAACAAUUGCCAGUUCGACAGAUACUAGUAAAAAACCAACUACCACCUUACAUGAAUCACAUAGUGAAGAACUAUUUGUAAUUGAUAAAACUCCUGGCUUGGACUCCACCAGAUCAUGGUAUUUAGAAGAGAAAGACACAGAAGAUAAUCAACAAAGUGAGGAAUCCUCUGAACUGGAAGACAAUGCAGAAGAAUUUAUAGAUGAGGAAGAUUUAAUAAAUGAAAAUAAUAAAAUUUUAUCAUUUUCAAGCAGCAUUGAUCCUGGUCUAAAUGUUAAAAACCUUGGAGGCUUAUAUAUUAGUUUUGAUGCAGGAAAGCAGAAAUCUGGCUUCCAUGGAGUUGUGCCACUAAAGGACAAAAAGAAAGAUGAGCUUUUGAAAAAGAGUGUUAUAACUCCAGAUUUUGAAAAAAAGGAAUCUGUUCCACCUUUAAAAGAAUCGGUCCACCAGCUGAAGAAACAACGUAGGGCAGAGCGAGAGAAAACAACAGGCAAUGGUUGGUUUGGUAUGAAAGCCCCAGAAAUGACUGAUGAAUUGAAAAAUGACCUUAAGGCUCUGAAGAUGAGGGCAGCCAUAGAUCCUAAGAGAUUUUAUAAAAAGAAUGACAGAGAAGGUCUCCCCAAAUACUUUCAGGUUGGAACUGUUGUGGAUUCUCCAAUAGACUUUUAUCAUGCUCGAAUUCCCAAGAAAGAGAGGAAGAAGAACAUAGUGGAAGAACUUCUGGCGGAUUCUGAGUUUAGAAGAUAUAAUAAAAGGAAGUAUCAAGACAUCGUUGCUGAAAAAGCAGCCCUUGCAGCAGGCAAGAAGUAUCGGAAGAAGAAAAAAUUCCGCACAUAGCUUU